CUGUGAGCAAUAAUUCUUAUCAGAGACAAAAUUGAAAAGAACUGACGCUGCACUUUGUUUUUGGAGACAUACUCCAACAAUAAAGCCCUGAAGCUGAAGCGACUGCCUAGAAAGUUAUAACAAGAAGGCCAAAAAGCCGAGGAGAGGAGCUCUGACGAGAGGACAGCGCAAGCAGCAGGCAAGGCACCGCAUAUCCACACACAACACUGUCUCUCUCUCUCACGUAGAGGUUAAGCACUCUUUCAAACACACACACAGAAGCACAGACAAAAUGGAGCUGCGCGUGGGCAACAAGUACCGUUUGGGCAGGAAGAUCGGAUCGGGAUCCUUCGGAGACAUUUACCUGGGAACCACAAUCAACACUGGCGAGGAGGUGGCCAUCAAGCUGGAGUGCAUCCGCACAAAGCAUCCCCAACUGCACAUCGAAUCGAAGUUCUACAAGACAAUGCAGGGCGGGAUCGGCAUACCGCGGAUCAUCUGGUGCGGCAGCGAAGGUGACUACAAUGUCAUGGUGAUGGAGCUGCUGGGCCCCUCGCUGGAGGAUCUGUUCAACUUUUGCUCGCGCCGCUUCUCGCUGAAGACGGUGCUGCUGCUGGCGGAUCAGAUGAUAUCGCGCAUCGACUAUAUCCACUCGCGCGACUUCAUCCACCGCGACAUCAAGCCGGACAAUUUCCUCAUGGGCCUCGGCAAGAAGGGCAACCUAGUAUACAUUAUCGACUUUGGCCUGGCCAAGAAGUUCCGCGACGCCCGCUCCCUGAAGCACAUCCCCUAUCGGGAAAACAAGAACCUGACGGGCACGGCCCGCUACGCAUCGAUCAACACACACCUGGGAAUCGAGCAGUCGCGCCGCGACGAUCUUGAAUCCCUGGGCUACGUCCUCAUGUACUUCAACCUGGGCGCCUUGCCCUGGCAGGGCCUUAAGGCGGCCAACAAGCGCCAGAAGUACGAGCGCAUCUCGGAGAAGAAGCUCUCCACCUCGAUAGUGGUGCUCUGCAAGGGCUUCCCGAGCGAGUUCGUCAACUACUUGAACUUCUGCCGGCAGAUGCACUUCGACCAGCGCCCCGACUACUGCCACUUGCGCAAGCUCUUCCGCAACCUGUUCCACCGGCUGGGCUUCACCUACGAUUAUGUGUUCGACUGGAAUCUGCUCAAGUUCGGGGGCCCGCGCAAUCCCCAGGCGAUCCAGCAGGUCCAGGAUGGCACCGACGGGCAGGUGGGCCACGAUGCAGUCGUCGCGGCAGCUGUGGCGGCGGCCGCCGCCGCCUCCUCGCACCAACAGCAGCACAAGGUGAACACGGCGCUGGCCACAGCGGGCGGCAGCACGCAGCAGCUCCUCGGCACCAGCUCCCAGGGCGGCCAGACCCUAGCGAUGUUGGGCGGCGGCGGGAAUGGAGGCAGCCAGCUUAUUGGCGGCAACGGAGGCCUCAACAUGGACGACUCGAUGGCGGCCACCAAUUCAUCGAGACCGCCCUACGACACACCGGAGCGCCGUCCCUCGAUACGGAUGCGCCAGGGUGGCGGCGGCGGUGGAGGCGGUGUCGGCAGCAUCCAGAGCGGCGGUGUGGUGGGCGACGUGCGGAACGCUAAAUAAUAUUUUAUGGUCUAGAUGCAGCAGCGCUGGACACAGUAGACAAAAAACUCAGCAACUAUACGUGUAGAAUACAUAGUUAUAUAUAUAUGACCAAUAUAUAUAUACACCAACACACCCA